AUGAAUGGUGCCGGUGAACGCCAACGUUGGAACGUAAUCUUCGUUCUCGGCCCUCCCGGUUGCGGCAAAGGGACUCACUGCAAGAAACUCGUUGAGAAAUACGGAGUUGUUCAUCUGAGUGCCGGUGAUCUUCUAAGAGAGGAACGCCAGCGACCGCAGUCCAAAUACGGCGAGCUUAUCGAGACACACAUCAGAAAUGGUACCAUCGUCCCGGUGGAGAUCACUUGUAAACUUUUAGAGAACGCUAUGAAAGCUUCAUCUCCCACUUCAUCUUUCCUGAUAGACGGAUUUCCAAGAAAUGAAAACAACCUUGAAGGUUGGCGGAAAGAAAUGGACAACAAAACGAAACUUAUUGUCGUAUUGUUUCUGGAGUGUUCGGAAGAACGCUGUUUAGGUCGUGGCGAGGGUCGUUCAGAUGACAACGAAGAAAGCUUGAAGAAGCGCAUUCAAACCUAUCAUAAUAACACGGUUCCCAUUCUCAGGUAUUAUGAAUCGCUAGGGUACGUGAGGAAAAUCGACUCCUCGCAUGAACCUGAAAAGGUAAUUUGCUACAAUUAUAAGCAUAGUUAG